GCAGCGGCAGCCAAUCAGGACGCAAGGUUCCUGGCCCAACCUCUGACUCCACAGGAAGUGAAUCUGACAGGAGAAGAAGUAGCAUUUAGCUUCAGCACAUCCAACACACCGGCUAUACUGCUGUACGUCAGCUCCAAGACACAAGACUACCUGGCACUGGUGCUACGGCAGAAUGGUGAGACACACACACACGUAUAAACACACACACGUAUAAACACACACACACACGUAUAAACACACACACACACGUAUAAACACACACACACACGUAUAAACACACACACACGUAUAGACACACACACACACACCACGUAUAAACACACACACACACGUAUAAACACACACACACGUAUAAACACACACACACACAGUAUAAACACACACACACACGUAUAAACACACACACACACGUAUAAACCACCCCACACCCCAUAACACACACCACCGUAUAAACACACACACACGUAUAAACACACACACACAUAAACACACACACACACUUAUAAACACACACACGUAUAAACACACACACACGUAUAGACACACACAUAUACACGUAUAAACACACACACGUAUAAACACACACACACACACGUAUAAACACACACACACACGUAUAAACACACACACACACGUAUAACACACACACACACGUAUAAACACACACACACGUAUAAACACACACACACACACACGUAUAAACACACACACAUUUACAUUUACAUUUACGUCAUUUAGCAGACACUCUUAUCCAGAGCGACUUACAAUUAGGUGCAUUCACCCUAUAGCCAGUGGGAUAACCACUUUACAAUACACACACGUAUAAACACACACACACACGUAUAAACACACACACACACGUAUAAACACACACAACGUAUAGACACACACACGUAUAGACACACUUGGGCUCUGCCUCUCUUUGUUUCUCAGGUAUGUUGCAGAUGCAGUAUCUAAGUCUAAGUUCUCUCGGUUUGUGUGUGUGUGUGUGCGUGUGUGUGCAUUUGUUUGUGUGUAGGAACUCUCCAGGUGCGGUAUAACCUGGGCGGUCUCAAGGAGCCGUUCACCAUAGACGUGGACCAGCGUAACCUAGCCAACGGACAGCCACAUACUAUCAACAUGUCCAGAACCAACAGAACUAUCACCAUACAGGUAUGCACACACACACACAGACACACACACACACACAAACCUUCUCUCCACUGUCCAAGCAUAGUCGAUAAUGACUUCAGAUGUGUACAUUUCUAACCACAAGAGGGAGAUGAAAGCCUCUGUAAUUGUCUCAGGACUUGAGGAAUUGACAAUGGCAUGAUGUUUGUACAAAGAUCAAUGAACACGAUGAUGUUGAUGAUUGACUAUGGAAAUGAUCUCCUCUCUCUCCCUCAUCCUCUCCCCCUCUCCAGUUGGACCACUACCCCCCUGUCAGCUACUCUCUCCCAGAGGCAUCAGACACACAGUUCAACCUGGUCAAGACAUUAUUCCUGGGGAAAGUAUUUGGUGAGUACAGGCAUCUCAAACGUUUAUUUGACAGA